AUGGGCGAUCCACUUUCCAUAUCUGCAAGUGCGGCGGGGCUUGUCUCUUUAGGCCUGACAGUGUGUUCUGGUCUCCUCGACUACUACAGUGCAUGGAAAGAUCAGCCUUCUGAUGUCUCCGAAAUGCGGGAAUCUUUGAUAGCUCUCAACAAGACGUUCGAACUGCUGGACGAGAGGGUCCACCAUCCUUUAUUUGACCCCAAAAGCGUCGAUCGAGUCACAAAAAGCAUCAAAUCUUGUGAUGCUGGGGUUCAGAGACUACGAACUAAAUUGGAGAAGAUCCGUAAUGCUAAGCCAGGUAUGAGCGCACGUUUCCAAAGAGCUCGGUAUCCAUUUCAGCGAAAAACGCUAGAGAAGCUGCGGCGGACGAUCUCGGAUCUUCGAAGCAAUCUGAGUCUGGCAAUCACACUUCAACUCGACAUUUCUACAACGUCGCUUGAUCGAUUGAGUCAAGUCGAUACAAGCAUAAAGAAGCUAAUUGACAACUCCGAAGUCUCCAGUACGAAGAUCCUUGACAGCAUUUCGAAAGUACACCUCAGUCAGGAGCAAGAGAAGUUGCGAGCUCUUAGUUCCGAGGAACAGGAUGUGAUAAAAUGGCUCUCCCCCCUGGAAUUCUUCUCCAAGCAAAGUGAUGCUCUAAGUAGACAUCAGAAAGGCACCGGUCGAUGGCUGCUCGAAUCUAACGAGUUUCGCUCUUGGGUUGGUACUGCUGGAAGGGUCCUUUGGUGCCCGGGAAUGCGUGAGUAA